AUGAGCAAACAGCCGGUGACACCGCAGGCGGGCGGUGGCGACGGCAAGCCGUCCAUCGGUGCUCGCGGAGCCCAUGCGGCGCCGCCUCAUCCGGGGACUGGCCGCAUUCGCUUUGCAACAGUGCAGGGCGACGGUGCCGGGGACACUGCCCGGCCCCAGGUGCGUACAGAGCGCCCCGUGCCGACCUACAAGCCUGUGUCACAGAGGAGACAAGAGCCGGCGGCCGAUGAGCAGGCACAGGUGUACGGACAGUACCGGCGCGGAGGCGGCCGGGAGGAACCGCCGGCGUCAACACCAACGCGGCGCUGGGGUAGCCGUGCCGGGCUGGGAGGAGCUGCACCGCCGCAGGCGGCAAGUCACUCCGCAGCAGCGGGAGGGGCGCUGCCACCGCGGGGCAGCAUCCCCAGCCCCGGAACAGCUGCAUCGCCGACCGGUGACGUCCCCGACUCGUCGGGAGGAGCACCGGCACCGCAACUACCACGGCGCAGUGGCCUCAAGCCCAAUAAGACCAUCGAGCGCGUCAGCACGCUGGAGCCAAUGCCGGGUGCGAGUGGGAGUCCAGCGCCGACGCCGCAAGCGCAUGGUGUGCCUCAGCAUCCGCAACCGAAGCCGGAGCCACGUCAGCAUCAGCAGCCGGAAGGGGCGCAUGCCUAUGUGCCGCCGAAGCAGUCGCCGUCCGGGACGAAGAACCGGGCGAUGCUAUUGACGGAUAGGAGGAGGAAGGAGAAGAACGCGAGGAAGCCACUGGCGUUCUGCUUCACCUUGUGCUGCAUCCUGUUCUGGCUUCUGGUGGUCUGCAUCGGCCUCGCCAUCCUGGUGGUGUACCUCCUGUACCACCCCAAGGCGCCCCGGAUCCACGUGAGCACGGCCACCCUCAACGCCGGGUACAUCGACGAGCUCCCGCCGCCGCACCUGGGCAAGGCGCUCAACUUCGACCUCUACGUGCUGGCGGCCAUCUACAACCCAAACACCAAGGUCGACGUCGUCCUGCGCUACAUGCAGCUGGACCUCUACUUCCAGGGGAGGCUGAUCGGGACGCAGGCGGUGUGGCCUCCGCUGUACCAGAAGCCCGGCGACUCCGCCCUCCGGAGCGUGCACCUGGUGGUCAGCGAGGUGGUGAUGACGCAGGAGGACGCCGAGGUGUGGAAGAACGUCACCACUGGCGGCGGCCUCGUGGAGAUGCACCUCCAAGGCAAGUUCUACGUCCAGCUCAACUUCGGCCGCUGGCUCCCGUUCAGGUACACGGUCAGGCCGAUUUGCGCGCUCUGGCUCGACCCGCCGCCGGCGGGCGCCCUCCGCAGGGCGCGCUGUUCGAAUCGCUAG